GUGCAUCAUGAAGGCGCCAUACUUGAAACAGAAAAAAUGUGAUAUAAAAGCAAAAUGUAAGAUAACGUAGAACAGAGACAUGAUUUGUCGUCCAGAAAUGGAUUAUUAAUGCACCUCAUGAGCUCAUCUGUCCAUCAUGAAGACCUCCAAAGCAGCAGCACUGCAGGCCUCUGCUCAAGAGGAAUGUGGCGUUUGGCUGGACACUGUGCUACUGAAAGGAAAAGCAAAACAGAAACAACUUGCCCGUCCCAUUUCUAAGUUAUUGAACCCCUUGGCUGAAGGUGCAGGGUACAGUCUGGCUGUGGCACUAAACUUCACUCAGACAAGAGUAGAAAUGCCAAAAACCAAGCAGAGCUCCAUUUCAUCCUUCUUUUCCCCUCAGCGCAGAGAACAAGAUCUCAAUAAGAUGUCGACAUCUGAAAAACCACAGGUGGCAGCAGAACACUAUGCUUCAUCAUCUGCAUCCACCACGUGUGCCUCAGCUGCACCUGGAACACUGAAGAAAAAACGAAAGUGUGAUGGAGAUCUUGAGAUUUUGCAGCAGCAACAACACAAAACUUGUUCUCACUAUGCAGGGGAAGGUGUACAGGAGCACGAUAAGGAGAACACUGAGUGUGACUCAAAAGGAGACAUUUCUGAGGAGAUCAAUCCACCAGAGAGAAAGAGAAGAAUCACAAGAAGCUCAAUGCAAAAUGACAGUCACACUCUUCGACAGGGGAGCAGUCAGGAUGUCCCGUUUACUUGGAGCAAACCUUGUGAUAGGAAACUUGAGAAUGACGAUUUGGAAAACACUUUCUAUCUGACUCAGCAGAAAUACACCAUGGAGGAGGAUUUAAGGGACUCUCAGCAAAGUGAGGCUGGCUUCAGAGCAAUUUUGGAUGAGGAAGGAAGAACCUCUUCUCAAAAAGCCUUGAAACAGCUUUUUUCAUCUCAGGUAGAUGAUAAAAACAGCCACACAUUAUCUUCUAAAUCCCCAAAGAAGCACUCACUUCUCUCUCACGUUGAGCCAUUUUCAUAUCAAACGUGGACAGAGCCAAAAACUGCUUCACCUAGAAAAUAUGUCCCAGAACAGCUGUGGAAAAAGGCAGACAGAAAAGAGAACCUCGGAUCACAGUGCAAGAGGACAAACCGGAGUCUCUCUAAGCUAAGAAAACAAGUUCCAGAGCAGCCAGGCAGAGACAGUGAUGAGGACAGUUUGGACAUGUUGUUCACUCAGGACUCUGAAGGCUUCAGGGUGAUCGCGCACCGCAGCCAACAUCCCAGGAGUCCCUUCAAAGAUCAGACUAACUUAACUGUCGGAUCAGUGAGAUGUAAAAGCCCUUUCAAAAUUUGUGUGGAAGAUGAUGAAGACGAGAUCCUUUUUACUCAAGACUCUCAGGGAAAUAUGGUGAUUAAACACUGAUCAAAUUAAUUUCCUCUUAAUCAUUUCAGAGGUGUAAUUAAAAAGUAAAGCAUUUUAGUUCAUGGUUCCUAAUAUUUUACUGAUGACAUUUUGAAUGCAUUUCCACAGUAUUGUAUCUUGAAUUAAAAAUUCCGUUUUUAGAUUUUAGAAAUAAUAGAAUUUAUUAACCUGACUGACAUACAGGCGUGAUUGCCUUCUUACCUUUUUUAUUGAUCUAUCUUUUGUAUUUUUUAUGGGAUUUUAGUCUUGUCCCUGUUCUGAAUGCAGGACCUAGUAUUUAGUA